UCAAUUUCACGUUUUCUGUUGAGUGUUUUGUUAUUAUCCACCACUACUGCAUUUUUCAUUCAUCAUUCAUAUCUAUCUUAUAUCGAAUCACAGUAAACACGUUUUUGAUAUAAAACCAAAAAAGGAAAAUAAUAAAUUCUGCAUUUAAUAUAUUUUUAACCUUUGUCAUAAUUCCAAUCUUGAAAGCGAAAGAGUGAAAACAAAAAAAAAAAUGAAACAAUUACACAAGCAGCAUAGUUUGAAUCACAGACGAGAAGAAGAAAUGGGAAGCGGCCAAGGUGAAACUCCACCGUACUCUCCCAAAGGGAUGAAGCACACACGAUCGCUCCCUAGAUCGAUCAACUACCUCUUGCGCGAGCAGCGUCUUCUCUUCAUUCUCGUCGGGAUUUUGAUCGGUUCCACGUUUUUCAUCAUCCAGCCGACGCUUUCGCGGAUUGGUCCGCCGGAGGGGCAGUCGUUUCUGCCUAGAUCUGGCGGAAUGGUUCGGUUUAAUUCCGGCGGUGGUAACGGGAGAAUUGGACGGCUUCCGGCGGGGAUCGGUGGUCGGAGGUUGAGAGUGGUGGUUACUGGUGGUGCGGGGUUUGUUGGAAGUCAUUUGGUGGAUAAGUUGAUUGGGAGAGGGAAUGAUGUUAUUGUGAUUGAUAAUUUUUUUACCGGGAGGAAGGAGAAUUUGGUGCAUUUGUUUGGGAACCCUAGGUUUGAGCUGAUUCGCCAUGAUGUUGUUGAACCGAUUUUGUUGGAGGUUGAUCAGAUCUAUCAUCUUGCUUGUCCUGCAUCGCCGGUUCAUUACAAGUAUAAUCCUGUCAAGACAAUCAUAUCCUUUUUGAGUUUAUCCUAUUAUGAUAAGACAAAUGUUAUGGGUACACUUAAUAUGUUGGGGCUUGCAAAGAGAAUUGGGGCUAGGUUUCUUCUAACUAGUACUAGUGAGGUAUAUGGAGAUCCUCUGGAGCAUCCUCAAAAAGAGACUUACUGGGGGAAUGUUAAUCCAAUUGGUGAGAGGAGUUGUUAUGAUGAAGGAAAGCGAACUGCAGAGACACUGACCAUGGAUUAUCAUCGUGGUGCUGGCGUUGAGGUCCGCAUUGCUCGAAUUUUUAACACCUAUGGACCCCGCAUGUGUUUAGAUGAUGGACGUGUUGUUAGCAAUUUUGUUGCACAGGCUAUUCGAAAACAGCCAUUGACUGUAUACGGCGAUGGGAAGCAAACAAGAAGUUUCCAAUUUGUCUCUGAUUUGGUUAAUGGGCUGGCAGCUUUGAUGGAUGGUGAACAUGUAGGACCUUUCAACCUAGGUAAUCCAGGAGAAUUCACCAUGUUAGAGCUUGCACAGGUUGUCAAAGAAACAAUUGAUUCAAGUGCUACGAUAGAGUACAAACCAAAUACUGCUGAUGAUCCACAUAUGAGGAAACCAGAUAUUAGCAAAGCAAAGGAACUGCUAAACUGGGAGCCAAAAAUCCCACUGAGGGAAGGUUUGCCUCUAAUGGUUAGUGAUUUCCGGAAUCGGAUUUUGAACGAAGACGAAGGUAAAGGAAUGAAAUAAACGUAGUAGCUAGUCCAGUGUGUAUAGGGAGAAUUGCGCGUCUCCCCUUGAUUUUUCCUAAUCUCUUAAACGGUCAACAACAACAACAGAAAGUCCUGGUAAUACGUAGCUUUUGUAAGAAGUAUUUACUGGCCUUUUACUCAUCUGGCCAGCUUAGCAGCAUACAAUUGAGUAAUUGUUAAUUUUUGAUAAAAUUCUUUUCAGCAGUUUUCUUGUCUAUUGCAUUGUUAGAAGUUGUAAUAUCCAAUAUUUGGAUUAUAGUAUUAUGAGAAUGAAAGCUUAUAUGAAGAAAUUUGUAAAA